AUGGACUUGCGGAAUACGGACCGGAACCGCCUGACCUCGUUGAGCUGGGCAGCGGCAGAAGGGAGCUUGGAGGUUUUUGAGUGGUUGUUGCUGGAUUAUGGGCAUGACGAUCUCGAGCUGUCGCGAGACACCGACAAUAACACGCUUCUGCACCUGCUCGCGUCGGUCCCAUCAUCUCAGCCGACGUCUUUGCCCUACUCCUCUGCCUUCCCGCCAUUACCUCCCUCGCACGUCCCAACACCUACCGAGCAGUCUCGGCGCAGCGUGCAAAUGACGGGCCUAUACCACACCCUCUUCCCCUUCCUUCUCGAUUGGUCCAACUCAGGCGGAAAGACCGCUCUCCAUAUCGCCGCGCAAUCCGGGAACACCCCCUUCAUCUCCCUCUUACUCUCCUACGGCGCCGACCCGGAUCUCACUGAUCUACAAGGGAAUUCUCCGCUGCAUUAUGCGGCAGCAUGGGGACACCUCGAUGUCGCGCGGGUGCUGCUAGAAGAGGGCGGGGCGUCAUGGGGGAUUAGGAACUUUGAGGGGUUCAGCGCGGGGGACUAUGCGUACUCUGACGAGGUCAGACAGGGGCUGGAGGGGAUGUGGGAUGGGUUCAGGGGCAUGCGGAGGGAUAUGAGGAGGGCGGAGGUGUUGGCUGAAUUGGCCGAUGGGGAGAUGUAUGAGGGAUCUGGGUCGGGUCGGCCGGGACCAGGCCAAGGGUCAGCGGGAGGGCCGAUCCGUGGUGGGUGCGCAGGACCGGGAAGUAGAUGGCGCUCUGGAAGCGAAUCGACGGCUGUCAGUGGCGUGGGGAGUAAUGGGACUGGCGCGAGUGGGGUCUCUUACACCUCAGGACCCAAUCGAGGGGACUCGCCCUCGAGUGCAAGUGGGGGUCCGCCCAGAAUAAGAGGAAACAGCCGGAACCUCCCAGGCCCGCCUGUCACCCAACAUCCUCGCAGACCAUCCCCGAAGAAGGGGCAGAGCAGCCCUCCAGCGCCAGACAGCGGGUACGCCACGCCCCGGUACGAUCCAUCGGCGCCUAACGGACAGGGCUUGUCUCGCUCAUCCUCCCAGUCCCAGCUCCAGACCAUGCUGCGAACGCGGUCACCGUACCAAUCUCAGGGCCCGACACCCGCCAUGUCCCGCCGCGGUUCUAAUCAGGCCGGGUCUGGUCCUAACGGUAAUACAUCACAACGGUCCAGUCCGGUAAUACCCCCUCCUCCUGCACUCCGCGCCCCCCUCCUUGCCCCUCAAAUAUCCAUCACCUCCCAAUCCCCUACCUCCUACUUCAACCAGCCCAUCUCCCACGAGAACUACCGGUACGGCUACGAGACGCCCUCUGAACAGAUCUAUCCGCCGCAAUCUCCCGCCCGUCCAACGCCUGGUAGGUCCCCCUGGGAUGGAGGUGGUGCUGGUGGACCGCGCACACCGGCUAGGCCGACAGCGGCGGGCCCGCCGAUCGCCUCGGCGCAGAUGAUGGUGCAGACGUCGAGUCCGGCGCUGGGGUCGCCGGUGGUGGCGCAGGAGGGAAUGAAGAGGAGUGCGUCAGCGCAUCAAGGAGGAGGAUUCGGGGUGGGGAGGGGAUUACUGGGAGGGCGGAUAUAG